AUGGCUUCCGAGUCGCCCGACGAGACGGUCGUGGGCAUUGUCCUUCGACUCCUGCCUCCAAUCACUCUGCUGAUAUUGGCUUACCACGUGCUGGGUCGCCUAGAGGAGUACUGGCGCUUGAGGCAUUUUAGUGGUCCAGCUACGACAGGAAUAUCCUGGUGGUGGCACUCCAGAGCUGUCCUUUCUGGAAGGUCUCACGAGUUCUAUGGGCACGUAACGGAGAAAUAUGGACCGAUCGCACGAGUGGCUCCGAACCACCUUAUCACAAGUGACGCCGAGUUCUGGGCAAAGAUCAACGCAUACUCGGGCAAAGAGAAUCCCACACUGGAGCCAUCCAUUGACACCCACGUAAAAGAGCUGGUAGAUCUUGUGGGCAAAUAUGCAGCAUCUCAAGCUUCGAAUAAACCAUCGAAGUCCAUGGACUUAGCUAAGAAGAUUCCAUACUUUACUCUGGACGUAAUUAGCCAUGUCGGCCUGGGCGAAUCCUUUGGAGAUCUGCUCGCUGACAACGACCAAAUGGAUUACCUGAAAGCCUCAGAAGAAGGACUGAAGAUCGGCAACACCGCGUUUGCAAUGGGAUUUGGCUGGCUUCGCAACGCAGUAAUUAUUGGCCGAGCCAUCAGCCCUUCUGAGCAAGACCAAACUGGCUUUGGCAAGAUGAUGGCGGAGGCGCGCAAAAUUGUCGAUGCGCGUAGACUCAAGUCCACAGAGGCCAAGUCAGAUAUGCUUGCAUCGUUCAUUCGCAAUGGUGUCUCUGGCGAUGACCUCUUCCAAGAAGCUUUCGAACAGAUCAUUGCUGGCUCAGACACAACAGCAGCCGCGAUUCGAAUCAUCAUGUUAUACAUCAUUACUCACCCGCGUGUCUACCGGAAAUUACAACUUGAGAUCGAUGAGGCCGUCAAGUCGGGUGUGGCGCCGGAGUCGGGUGUCGUCUCAGACGCAGAGGCACGCAAACUACCAUAUCUCGGGGCCAUCGUGCGUGAGGGUAUGCGUGUCCACCCACCAGUCGUCAACCUCUUCUCUCGGAUUACACCCGCGUCAGGCGAUGUUGUCACGAUUUCGGGGAAAGAAUAUCAUAUCCCAGGCGGCACUCUCAUCGGAUACUCGGCAUGGUCUAUGCAUCGUAACAACACUUCCCUUUACGGACCUGACGCCUACAUCUUUCGUCCAGAACGCUGGCUCGUUGAAGAUGCCGACAAGCUCACCAAGAUGACCAAGACCAAUGACAUGGUCUUUGGUUACGGGAGGUGGGUGUGUCUCGGCAGGAACAUUGCGUUGAUUGAGGUUCACAAAGCUGUGUUUGAGCUCUUUCGACAUUUUGAUUUUGCGUUGACCGAUCCGACGAAACCAUGGGAGACACAUAACAGCCUCGGCCUUUUUGAGAUCAGGAAUAUGUGGGUAGACGUCACGUCUAGAGAGUAA